AAAUGUUAGACUUUGCAAAGAUAUUGUAAAAUCUCGCUCGCAAAUAUUACUAAUGGUAUACCAUAAAGACAAAGUUAAUAUCUCCGUAAUUUGUUUUGGUACAAAGGCUAAAAUUUAUUGUCUAUCUCUUUAUCAAUAACCAUAACUUUUGAUUGGUGACACCCAUUAACCAACUGGUACCUUAAAACCUUACAGCUUAACAAUCGUCGUUUGUUGCUGCUAGAAACUGUACGUUUUUAUCGAAUUUUGCUAAAUUGCCAAAAUAUUACCUCGAUAUACUGUCCCAAUAAAAAUUUCUUCUUUUCGGCACUGACCGCAGCAUUGAAAAUGCACACGACCAAUUAUCUUUAUCGGCUGGCAAUAUAAAUGCGUGAGUGAUUCCUCGGUUGAGUUUUCAAUAUAAAUAGAGAAAGUGAUUUCCUCAGUUCAGUAAGUUCUGAUCGAUUGUUUUGUAACAAGACAACAGAAAAUGUUUGGUAACAAGUGCGGUUCCAUUUUGGCUGGCUUCGUAGUCUGUUGUGCUAUUUCGAUAGCUUUAUCGGCUACGGUACCACCACUUCCAACAUCAUCACCAUGGUACGGAAAUGAAGAGAUUCGGACCCUCCGUGAAUACUUGAGAAUUCCGUCGGUUCAUCCAAACAUUAAUUACGCCGAAUGUGUUGAUUUUUUGAAAAGGCAAGCAUCCGCAUUAGGUCUUCCUGCUGCGGUUCACUAUCCUGUCAAUGCUAACAACCCGGUGGUGGUCAUCACUUGGGCUGGUUCACAGCCGAGUCUUCCAUCGAUUAUGUUGAAUUCCCAUACGGAUGUGGUACCAGUUUUUCCCGAAUAUUGGACCCAUGCACCAUUCUCUGCUGAUGUUGAUAGUGCUGGCAGAAUUUACGCUCGUGGUGCACAAGACACAAAAGCUCUUGGAAUGAUACAUUUGGCAGCGAUUCGAGCGCUCAAGAACAGCGGAUUCCAACCGAAACGAACCAUUCAUGUCACGUUUACCCCAGACGAAGAGCUCGGCGGUUUUUAUGGAAUGGCAGGCUUUGCAACGAGUAGUGCCUUCAAGGCCAUGAACGUUGGUUAUGCAUUGGAUGAGGGAGGCGUUGCAGAAUCCAAUACAAUUGGUGUCUAUUACGACGAGCGGUGUCCAUGGCAAAUCGAAUUCGUUUGUAAUGGAACAACAGGUCAUGCGUCUUUGUUACUUGAAAACACGGCUGGUGAGAAGAUCUCGUAUUUGAUGAACAAAUUUAUGGCAAUGCGACAGGCUGAAGUGAACAAACAGAAAUCGGGGGUUAAUCCUGGCAAAGUUACGUCCAUUAAUUUGACCAUGUUGAAGGGCGGUGUUCAGGCAAAUGUUAUACCAGCCGAUCUCAGUGCUGUUUUCGACGUACGUCUAAGUGUCGAUGUCGAUCACGCUGCUUUCGAGAGAGAUAUUAACCGUUGGUGCAGUGAAGCCGGCGGCGGUAUUAAGAUAAACUAUUUAAUAAAAACUCCGAAGGCAAUCGCAAGUCGUACAGAUUCGACCAACCCACUAUGGUCUGUGAUUGAGACUACAGCAAAACAAUACAACAUUGCAGUAGCACCAGGUAUAUUGGUUGGAGCGACCGAUAUGAGAUUUUUACGUAAAGAAGGUAUCUCCGGAUUCGGUUUUUCACCAAUAAUCAACACUCCGCUCUUGGUUCACGGUCACAAUGAAUUCGUCUAUGCCAACGAAUAUUUGAAUGCCAUUAACUUCUUUACGGCGAUCGUUUCGAAUUUGGGCAAAAUUUAAUCAAGCUGCGAACUUUUGAGCCAACAUAAAUUUUACGAUCGAUUGAUUGAUGCAAUUGAAUUUUGUUCUUUAUUUUUGUUAAUCAAAUGGACCUUUAAAAGCUAAUAAACACAUUUUAACCAGA